AUGCUAAUGCCCCUGAGCGGGCUGCUCUGGUGGUGGUGCUGCUGCUACUGCUGUGCCUGGUACCGCUGUGGACUGUGCACCCCGGAUCCCCAGAUGUUGCGCCACCAGGGUCUCCUCAAGUGCCGCUGCCGCAUGCUCUUCAAUGACCUGAAAGUUUUCCUACUGCGGCGCCCACCUCCAGCGCCCCUGCCCAUGCACGGAGACCCACAGCCCCCUGGUUUGACGGCCAACAACAAUACCCUUCCGGCUCUAGGUGCCGGGGGGUGGGCAGGCUGGAGGGGCCCUCGAGAAGGAGUUGGCAGGGAGACCCCUCCUCUGCCACCCCCACCACCUUUUCCACCUUCUGUGGAAGAUGACUGGGGUGGCCCAGCCACAGAGCCACCUGCCUUGCUGCUCAGCAGUGCCUCCUCAGAUGACUUCUGUAAGGGGAAGGCUGAGGAUCGCUACUCACUGGGCAGCAGCCUGGACAGUGGCAUGAGGACACCGCUCUGCCGUAUCUGCUUCCAGGGACCAGAACAGGGGGAGCUGCUGAGCCCUUGCCGCUGUGAUGGCUCGGUCAAGUGCACGCACCAGCCUUGCCUCAUCAAGUGGAUCAGUGAGCGGGGCUGCUGGAGCUGUGAGCUGUGCUACUACAAGUACCACGUCAUUGCCAUAAGCACAAAGAAUCCUCUGCAGUGGCAGGCCAUCUCUCUGACAGUCAUUGAGAAGGUUCAGAUUGCGGCUGCCAUCCUGGGUUCCCUCUUCCUCAUCGCCAGCAUCUCUUGGCUCAUCUGGUCGACCUUCAGUCCCUCGGCAAAAUGGCAGCGCCAAGACCUCCUCUUCCAGAUCUGCUAUGGGAUGUAUGGAUUCAUGGAUGUGGUGUGCAUAGGUCUCAUCAUCCACGAGGGACCCUCCGUGUACCGCAUCUUUAAACGGUGGCAGGCUGUCAACCAGCAGUGGAAAGUGCUGAACUAUGAUAAGACAAAAGACCUGGAGGAUCAAAAAUCGGGAGGCAGGACAAACCCCCGGACCUCCUCAUCCAUCCAGGCCAAUGCCCCCUCCACAGAGGAGGAGGCUGCAGGCACCCCGGCCCCUGAGGAAGGCCCUGCCCGGGGAGCCAGCCACCACCCCUCAGGCCCUCUGUCCGAUCACCACUGUGCUUACACCAUCCUGCACAUCUUGAGUCACUUAAGACCUCAUGAACAGCGGAGCCCCCAGGGCAGCAGCCGAGAGCUCGUCAUGAGGGUCACGACAGUGUGAGGGGGAAAGACCUGGA